AAGCGGGCUGGGGGACAAGCACGGGGUGAGGACACCCCUGCAAGAACCCAGCACCGCUGGCAGCGAAAGCGGUCGUCCACUACCGGAUAAGAAAGGUCUGGGAGGCUCCGGGGUGAAUCUUGGCUGCUGAGCCGGGGGUCAGGCCGUGGGAUGGAGAUCCUCGUUUCCCUGGCUGGAGGAACGGGCUCUUCCCGGCAGAGCCGGCCAGCUCUGGGCUGAGAGCUCGUCCCUGGCCGCUUGCUUCCUCCUCCCUCCGGCUGUGGAUGCAGAACCGUUUUCUGCGGCUGCUUCACUGUGGGAAAAGCAGCUCGCGGUCCCUGGGGAGAGCCCGGCCGGCGGUGACAACCCCUGGUCCCGCGGGGCGGGGGCCGGCCCGCCACGGCGGCGCCAGCGGCGGCGGCAGCAGCAGCAGCAGCGAGGGCAAAGCCCAGGGCCCGAAGGGAGGCGGCAGCGCCGUGAAGGUUCGGCACAUCCUGUGCGAAAAGCACGGCAAAGCCAUGGAGGCCAUGGAGAAGCUGAAGUCCGGCCUGCGCUUCAGCGAGGUCGCCUCGCAGUACAGCGAGGACAAAGCCAGGCAAGGGGGAGACUUGGGCUGGAUGACCAGAGGCUCCAUGGUGGGACCAUUCCAGGAAGCAGCAUUCGCCUUGCCCGUGAGCAGCAUGGACAAGCCAGUGUAUACAGACCCUCCUGUCAAAACAAAGUUCGGGUACCACAUUAUCAUGGUGGAAGGCAGAAAAUAAAAUGUGAAUGACCAUGACCUU